UACUUCCGUGUAAAUGUUAUGAACGACUCCAACUUCCCUGUGUAGCUUGCUAACUAGUAGCAACUGCAUCUUAGUACAGUUGAAACUGACGCCUACUAACUGUCUCCACCAAGGUAGCCCGAAUGGAUUAUACUGCAACUCAGAGUGGGUUCAGACAGCGUAAGUUACAGCCUAAUAUGCGCCUCAGAAAUAGCUCUGUGGAUGGUUCAGAAGGUAGCCAGCUGUUUGAGGAUAUGAGUGGAGCUGCGCCUGGAUCACAGACAGAGUACAGGAACCCGCAGGCCGGUCCUCAAGCAGCAGGAUUUCCCGGCCAGUCCAUCCUGUCAGACCCCAUGUCUAACCUAGCCAUGGCAUAUGGCAGCUCACUGGCGUCCCAGGGAAGGGAAAUGGUGGACAAGAAUCUGGACAGGUUCAUUCCAAUUUCUAAGCUGAAAUACUACUUUGCCGUGGAUACAGUGUACGUGGGGAAGAAGCUGGGCCUUCUGAUUUUCCCUUACAUGCACAAGAACUGGGAGGUGAACUACCAGCACGACACUCCUGUGGCUCCACGCUUUGAUGUGAACGCUCCCGAUCUCUACAUUCCUGCCAUGGGCUUCAUCACAUACGUCCUGGUGGCUGGACUGGCGCUCGGCACACAGAACAGGUUUUCUCCGGAGCUGCUGGGAGUUCAGGCCAGCUCAGCGUUGGUGUGGCUGAUCAUGGAAGUCCUGGCGGUCCUGCUGUCGCUCUACCUUGUGACCGUAAACACAGACCUCACAACCAUAGACCUGCUGGCCUUUUCUGGCUACAAAUACGUUGGGAUGAUCAUAGGGGUAGUAGCAGGCCUGUUGUUUGGGAGGCUAGCGUACUUUCUCUCUCUACUGUGGUGCUGUGUUGCCAUCUUUGUCUUUAUGAUCCGCACUCUGCGUCUGAAGCUGUUAUCUGAGGCAGCGGCGGAGGGGAGGCUGGUGAGAGGAGCCAGAAACCAGCUGAGGAUGUACCUCACCAUGUCUAUAGCAGCAGCACAGCCCAUCUUCAUGUACUGGCUCACCUACCAUCUCAUCAGAUAAAACCUGGAACGCACACUCAUUGCGUAGAAGACGAACCCCCCCACCCCCCCGUAAAAACACUCAAGAAAACAAACACACGCAUAUCACAGAAGCUGGACUUGGAUGAAACACACAACGGCCACAGCUGUCCGGAUAAUAUCCCACCACUUUCCAGACAUGAAGACAGAACUACACAUUCACAAGACUCAUGUAUGCAUGGGGCAAAUACAACAUACGCUACAAGACAGUAAAGAGACGAUGUGAGGCAUCACUGCCUUUUCUCUCACAGCACAGCCCCACGUCAUUAGUAUUGCCUUUAUUUGUCUUUUUUUAUGUUCUGUCUUCAAAGAUUUCUAGCGAGAGUAAGGUGGCUUUAAGUUGUUUUUCUACCGUGUAAUUAUUUGUUAAUUAUGCUUUUUAGGAAUAUUUAAGUAUGUUUGUGGAAGUAUUGCUUUUGUCUGAUAUCUCAUUAAGUGUUUUUUUUCUCAGCCAGCAGAAAGAAAGCACACAAACCGUCCAUUUAAUGAAAAGGAAAAACACUCAAAUUCAGGUAUAAAAGGUAUCAAGUGGCUCUGCUUCGAAGGUUGAGUAGGAUUACUUUUCCCCUGGUCCUAAUGUUUGUUUCAUGGCUGAGAAAAAUACCUGUUCUGUCAUCACUGGAUCUGGAAACAAGGGUUAUCUAACUGGUGUGUACGUGUGGGUUUAGUGCCACCCCCAUGUGAUCUGUUUAAAUCCUUUUGUAUGUGCUUUGAUACACGUAUGAGCUUUGCUGCCUGACAACUCUUGAAUAGAAACCGUGUAAGCCACGUUAAGGUGUAGACCUCACCAUGAAACGUCGAGUUGACUUUGAUAUCUGUUUUAAAACCGAGUAAAUUAUUUACUGCUUUUCAUAUUGAAAGUCAGAUGGAAUAAAGAAAGGAAAGAGGUGAGCUGGUCUGUUCUGUGUGUGUGUCCUUGAGAUACUUCAAAUAUUUUAAUGUCCGAAAUGCUUUCUAGUGCUUGUAAAUCAUCUAAUGUCCCUAUGAAACAAGCUGCUUCUUUUUAUGUAGCCGAUGCUAACUCAAACCAGGGUAUAAUUCACAUCCACUUGAAUUAAUUCAGGAAACAAAAUUCAGGGUAUUUGCAUUAUCCUCAGAUGAAACGUAUUAUUGAUGAAUGCUAAAAUGCUUAUCUUGUUUAACUUUAGGUGCCAAUAAGAACUUCCUAAGGUUUUGACAAAGUGCUCAUUUAAAUAAUAAUCCUGAAGUUGCAGCAUCUCAUUAUGAAUGAGCAGGCAAUUUAAACACACUUUUUUUGUUUUCAUGAUAAAUAAAUGGACCCCAGCCCUGAUGGUUGAAGUAGGCUGAAAGCAAAGAACAGAUCAAAUCAAGCCAUUGAAAUGAUGUGAUGACAUGAAAAAUAAAGCUUGACUGAUGGAGCUGCUGA